AUGUCUGGAUACGGACGUGAUUCCGGUGGUGAUGGAUAUGGUGGUGGUGGUAGUAGUUAUUCAAGUAAUGAUUAUCAUUCAGGACGAGGUGGUGGUCGAAAUAAUUAUGACAAUAACAGUGGACAAAAACGAAAUUAUUCUGAUUCACGUAGUGGUGGAGGUCAUGGCAGCGACAGUGGUUACAGCCGUGGUCGAAAUGAUUACCAAAGUAAUAACGAUGAUAGUGGCGGAUACAAUCGCAGCCGUAAUGAUUAUCAAAAUAAUGAUGAUAGAGGAAGCGGUGGAUAUAGCCGUGGCCGAAGUAAUAACGAUGAUAGAGGAAGUGGUGGAUAUAAUCGAAGCCGAAAUGAUCAUCAAAGUAAUAAUGAUGAUGGUGGCGGUUACAAUCGGGGUCGUAGUGACUAUAAUAGCAGUGGUGGCAGCAAUGAUUCAGGGUUGGAAACUCAACGUGAUACGAUAUUCAUUCAAAACUUACCUCGAAAUGUCACUUCGGAACAACUUAGAGACGUUUUCAGUCAAAUUGGAGUAAUCAAAAAUGAUAAGAAAACAGGUCAACCGAAAAUUUGGAUUUACAAGGAUAAAAAUACUGGGGAAGGUAAAGGCGAAGCAACAAUCACAUACGAAGAUGAGGAAGCAGCACAAGCAGCUAUCAAUUGGUACAAUGACAAAGAAGUUCUAUCCAAUAUUGUGAAGAUCUCAUUAGCUACUCGUCGGGCCUCGGCAUUUGGCGGCCGAGGAGGUUUUCGUGGUCGUGGUGGAUUCCGUGGACGAGGAGGUGGUGGUGAUCAUGGUGGCUACCGUGGCAGAGGUGGAGAUCGAGGUGUUGACUAUCGCGGUGGCGGGGGUGGAGGUCGCGGAGCCAGUUAUGGUUCCAGUAGAGACAAUCGCUCAAAUCCGUAUUAA